GUUUUACUUUAUUUGUGAGUUUGUUCAGUUCAGUAAAGGGAUCGACAAAUGCAAAAGACUGAAACGUUGCUGUGAAUAUUUAUAGAAAAAAUAAAUAUCAACUAUGACUAGUAUAGAGGACAAAACGGAAUCCAUACCAAGCAAUGGUGGAAAACCUGAUUCUGACGAUGAAACUUCUGCAGAGAAUAAAAAAGGCAAGCUUAACUCAAAAUAUUUAAGUGACAACAGUGCAGACAGCACUGCGCCGCCGGAAAAAGUGCCGCGAGUCGAGGAACAUGCUUCAGUCGUAGCCGCACAUUAUAACCACCUUGAAGAAAAAGGUCUCAAUGAACGUUUUAAAUCUCCAAUAUUCUAUCUCAGAAACUUUAAUAAUUGGGUGAAAAGUGUUCUAAUUCAAGAAUAUACUGAUAAAGUUAGAGAAAAAGAUUAUGGUAGACCAUUAAAAGUGUUGGAUAUCUGCUGUGGCAAAGGCGGCGAUUUGAGUAAAUGGCAGAAAGCACGAGUAGAACGUGUAAUAUUUGCUGACAUUGCAGAAGUGUCAAUUCAACAGUGUCAAGUACGCUAUGAAGACCUUAGAAAACGCUGCGGACGAAUUUAUUCUGCAGAAUUUAUUACAGCUGAUUGCACUAAAGAAACACUCCGAGACAAGUACACCGAUCCGUCAAUAAAUUUUGAUGUAGUCAGUUGCCAGUUUGGAUUUCAUUAUUGUUUUGAAAGCUUAGCCCAAGCACGGCGAAUGCUAAGCAACAUAUCAGAAUGCAUAAGACCGGAAGGUUAUUUCUUUGGCACUAUACCAAAUGCUUAUGAGAUUGUUAGUCGUGCUCGUAAAUCACCAAAUGGGUCAUUUGGAAAUAGGAUCUACAAUAUCAAUCUGUUAUUUGAUCCUAAAGAUAGCUACCCUUUAUUUGGAGCAAAGUAUGACUUUCACUUAGAAGGGGUUGUAGAUUGUCCAGAGUUUUUAGUCAAUUUUCAAAUGCUUGAAAAAUUAGCAGCAGAAUAUGGCCUGAAGCUUGUAUAUAAAGCGGGAUUUGCUGACUUUUUCAAAGAACACUCUGUUAACUACAAACAAUUAUUAAGUAGAAUUAUAUGUUUUGAGACCUAUCCAGCUCCACCAGGUAAAGAGCUGAUAGGAGAAGAGUCAGAUUAUGAACAUGUACGGGCUUUCUGGGAGACAAAAGAUAAUAAAGAUGAGCGCGAUAGACUUGGAACUAUGAGUAGAUGUGAAUGGGAGGUUGCAACUAUCUACAUGGCUUUUGCAUUUAAGAAACUUAAGGGAACCUAUGACUCCAACGGGAAAACUGUGUUUAAGAGUACAAAAGAAUGCAAUCAAUCUAGUAGUAAGAAUUAAUAAUUUUUAAUGUUAUGCAUAAUGAUAAGUGCCUACUGCUAGUUUUAAACAGUCCUGUUUGUUUAUGAAGUACUUAGACAUUUAUUUAUUGUUCAGCAGAGUAG